AUGACGGCCGGUGUCCCCAGGGUGACGAUGGUGACGCCAGCGGUCCUGCGGCUGGACACGGAGGAGCGGGUGGUGCUGGAGGCGCCGCAGUUGACCACCCCCACCGAGGCCACCGUCCUGGUGCAGGACUUUCCCCUCAAGCGCAAAGUGCUCGACCAGAUCCGCGUGCCGCUGAGGCCCGACGAAGGCUCGUUGGCCAACGCCACCAUCAAGGUAUUGGCCAAGUCGCUGCCGCAGGCAGCGGGGAAGAGGUUUGUCUCGGUGACGGUGCAGGUGGCCCAGACGACCCUGGAGAAGGUGCUGCUGGUGUCACUCCAGAGCGGCCACAUCUUCCUGCAGACCGACAAGCCCAUCUACACCCCUGGCUCUGUGGUGCUCUGCCGCUUCUUCGCCGUGGGCCACCUCAUGGAGCCAAUAUCCAAGACGGUGAUCGUGGAGGUCAAGACUCCUGACAACGUCAUCAUCAGACAAGUGCCCGUGUCCUCGCCAAUGAAGACCGGCAUCUUCUCCCUCAAUCACAACCUGCCUGAGGUUGUCAGCCUGGGGACAUGGACAAUAACAGCCAAAUUUGAAGACUCACCAGAAAAGGCCUUCAGCACCCAAUUCGAAGUCAAGGAGUAUGUGCUGCCAAGCUUUGAGGUGAUCCUGGAGCCCGAGGAGAAGUUCCUCUACAUCGACCGGAAUGAGAAUUUCCGAGUGUCCAUCACGGCCAGGUACCUGUACGGGAAGCGCGUGCACGGGUCAGCCUUCGUCCUCUUUGGCGUCAUGGUGGACGACGAGAAGAAGAGCAUCCCCCAGUCCCUGCAGCGCGUCCAG